AUGCAGGAUCUCAAGGCAAAGAUGGAGGGUGUGAUGCAGGCCAUGAAGGGAAAAGGCAUUGCAGCCAUAGAUGGUUUGGUGCAUAAAACCAAUUUGCCAUUCAGCCCCUCGGUUAUGAAAUGCCCUUUGCCAAGCAAAUUUAGAAUGCCCACAAUUGAGAGUUUCGACGGAACUAAAGAUCCUCUCGACCACUUGGAGACUUUUCAGGCGCUUAUGCACCUACACGCGAUGCCGGAUGAGAUCAUGUGCAGGGCUUUCCCAACGACUCUUAAAGGAUCAGCACGGGUAUGGUUCAACAAACUAAAGCCAGGAACCAUUGAAACCUUUGAAGAAUUGAGUAAGGGCUUUGUGGGCCAUUUCAUUGCUGGCCAGAGGCAUAGAAGACCGGCUACCCACCUCCUUACUGUGAAGCAACAGAAGGGAGAGUCACUGCGAGAUUACAUUAGUCGUUUUAACACGGAGAUGUUACAGGUGGAGGAAGCGGAUGACAAGGUGGCCCUAGCCGCCUUCAUGGGAGGACUUCAAACCUCAAGAUUUCUCUUCUCUUUAUCAGAGGAACCUCCUACCAACAUGGCCGAGUUAUUAGUUCGAGCUAAAAGACAUAUGAAUGCUGAAGAUGCAAUGAUUACGAGAAAGGGAAAAGAAGGGGAGGAUAAGAAGUCAGACAAGAAAAGGCCGGCCCUGACGAUCAGAGAUGAAAAGGAAACCAAGUAUAAGAAACCCAUGGUCAACCAGAAUGAAAGGGCAUCUCGCUAUAAGAACACGGAGAGGUAUACAAAUUACACUCCUUUAAAUAUGCCGAUAGAUCAAGUUUUCCUACAGAUCCAGGAUGAACCAUAUCUGAAGUGCCCACCGAAGUUGAAGUCAGAUCCGGCAAGGAGACCUCGUGAUAAGUAUUGCAGGUUCCAUAAAGACCAUGGGCACGCUACAGCGGAUUGCUUCGACCUUAAGGAUCAAAUUGAGACUCUGAUCCGGAGGGGGCACAUGCGAAAAUUUAUUAUGGGGAAUGACAGAACCGACAUUAACCCACUAAGAGCAGGCCGAGAUAACCACCCUCCUGAUCAAUAA